GCCAGAAACACACCCACCACGAGCAUCUCGAUCCAUCGCGUCGUGCAGGGAGCAACUAUGGCGACCGUGUACGACCAAGUCAGCGGCUCGCGCUACCUGUCGUCAUCCAUCUCGUCGCUCUCGGCCUCCCGCCAGCAGGCGUCGCAGAUAGCCAAAGCCUACCGCCAGGCCGCCCAGCUGUUCCUGACGCGCCGCCUGCCCGAGGCCCUCUCCACCAUUGAGCCCAUCAUCACCCCGCCGCCGCUCGACGACGACAAUGGCGCCCCCACCGACCUGGCCGGCUAUGCGCCCGUGGCGACCGCGUCUCGCGGCACCCGGGUCAAGGUGUGGAGCUUCUAUCUGACCUUCCUCAAUGCCGUCAUCGAGCUCGGGGCCGAGGACGGCAAGCAUGCCUUUGGAAGCACCCGGUGGAAGCAGCUCGUCUCCAAGUGCCGCGACGGCAGCAUCUGGGACGACGUGGUGCGCGAUGGCUAUGCCGGCGUCGAGGGCGAUGUCGAUGCCGACGUCGUCAUCAACUUGGCAACGCUGCUGCUCACCCACGCGCCCUCGCAGAGACUGAACCAGCAGAAGCUCGAGACAUACCUCUCGGCCGCCGCCAACCCCAUUCUCGAUGUCGCCUCCCACAUGUCGUCGCAAGCAUAUCUCGACAAGCGCCCCGGCAGCAGCAGCAGACAGCAUGCCGGCACAGACACCCCGCGCGACCUGGAGAAGCGCAUCAAGCUGCUCGAGCUCUACACGCUGCAUGUGCUCCCCCGCAACGACGAGUGGGACUAUGCCCGCGAGUUCAUCACCAUGUCCGAGGUCCUGGACGACGAGCGCAAGGAGGCCUUUCUGCUCGCCCUGCACUCGCUCAAGGAAGAGAAGGAGGACACCGAGGCAAGAGAAGAGAAGCUGCGCCAGCAACAACAGGAACAGAUGGAGCAGCGCCGCAGGGAGACCGAGGCCCGCCGCCUCGAGCAGUCGCGCGCAGAAGACGAGCGCCGGAAACGCGAAGAAGAAAACCGCCGCCAACCCCGUGGCUCAGACGACCGUUUCCGCAGGUCCCACCCAACACCCCAGCCUACUUCCUCCCAGUCGUCACGAACUUCACGCACCCCUUCCAGGAAGCCCAUGUCACCCCCGCCGGGCUUCUACAACCGCGCCUCCACCCUCAUCUCCAAUCUCCAAGCCAUGAUAUCCAACACAGCACAGUCCAUGACUGCAAAUCCCAUGGCAUUUCUACGCACUCUGCUCUUUUUAAUUGUGUUUGGCCUUGCCCUCGGACGGAGAGAUCUCAGAGAACGCAUCCUGAGAAUCAUACGCACGGCAUGGGACAAGGUUAGGCGAACGGUGGGCAUGGGUGUCAAGGUUUCUUAUAUCUAAU